AUGCAAUCCGCCGCACUACUGGAGAGAGAAGUGAGCGAUUUACGCGCUGAAAAUGAGAAGAAGAAGCAAAAGCCCGGUGGAAGCAAUAGAAGCACCUAUACCCCCGCCACGAAGAAGGCCUUCGCCACCUUUACAGCCAAGAACUAG